UGGCGGUGACGCGAUGGCGACUUUCGUGCAGCUCAGCCGCGGGGCCAAGAUGCCCAUCCUGGGCCUGGGCACCUGGAAGUCCCCCCCAGGGAAGGUAGCAGCUGCAGUGAUAGCCGCCAUCGAUGCUGGGUACCGCCACUUUGACUGUGCCUACGUGUACCAGAAUGAGAAUGAGGUUGGGGAAGGAAUCCAGCAGAAAAUCAAGGAAGGCGUCGUGAAGCGGGAGGACCUCUUCAUCGUCAGUAAGCUUUGGUGCACGUUCCAUGACAAACCUCUGGUGAAGGGAGCGUGUCAGAAGACUCUUGCUGCCCUGAAACUGGAUUACCUGGAUCUCUACCUCAUCCACUGGCCUUUGGGAUUUAAGGCAGGAGAAGAGCUGUUUCCCACAGAUGACAACGGCAUGUCUAUACCCAGCAACACUGAUAUUUUGCAUACGUGGGAGGGCAUGGAAGAGCUGGUGGAUGCUGGUCUGGUCAAAGACAUUGGAAUCUCCAACUUCAACCAUGAGCAGAUUGAGAGAAUCUUGAAUAAGCCAGGACUGAAAUACAAACCUGCAAAUAACCAGAUCGAAUGUCAUCCAUACCUUACUGUAGAAGUUCCUCACCACUGGCCUUCUGUUCUCCACAGGGCUAAGCCAGAGGAUCCUUCCCUUCUGGAUGAACCCAAGAUUAAAGAGAUCGCGGCCAAGCACAACAAAACCCCAGCACAAGUUCUCAUUCGCUUCCACAUCCAGAGAAAUGUGGUUGUGAUUCCCAAGUCUGUCACACCCCAGCGUAUUGUGGAGAACUCCAAGGUGUUUGAUUUUGAAUUGACUAAAGAGGAGAUGACAACUAUUCUCAGCUUCAACAGAAAUUGGAGAGCCUGUGCAAUGAGCACGUGCAAAAGUCACAAGGAGUAUCCUUUCAAUGUGGAGUACUGAAGACAGUGGUUUUCUGCCUUUCUC